AUGGCUCAACAAACCAGCAUCAGCACAGACCAGACCUCCCUUCUUGCCCUGAAACAGCACAUCACCAAUGACCCACAUGACCUCUUGUCCACAAACUGGACAGAGACCACAUCAAUCUACAACUGGGCUGGGAUCACCCGUGGCAUUACUCACGGUAGGGUCACGAGCCUCAACCGAGCCUUCAUGGGUCUCUCAGGCACACUGCCUCCUCAUCUGGGCAGCCUCUCUUUCCUCGCCUACUUCAACAUCACCAACAGCACGUUCCACGGGUCUCUGCCAGGGGAGCUCUCACGCCUCCGCCGGGUUCGGUACUUCAGUGUCAGGAACAACUCCUUCGAAGGGGAGAUCCAGCAGUGGUUCCCCUGGUUGCCAUGGCUCAAAUACCCGUUCUUGAAUGGCAACAGCUUCUCCAGCGUGAUACCGGAGUCUAUUUGCAAUGUGUCCACGCUGCAGAAGCUCGACCUAAGCAUGAACCAGCUAUCAGGCCCGAUCACACCGCUGAUUUUCAACAUUUCAUCACUGAAGAUGAUCGACCUCAGCAAUAAUCAGCUCUCAGGCUCGAUGCCAUCCUUCAUUUUCAGUCGAUCUCAACUCCAACAACUUAUCUGGUGA